AGGAACUCCACAUUAUUCACAACACUACAUCGCACUAAAUAUAAAAAAAAAAACAGAAAUAAUAAAGGCUAAUUAUGUUCGUAAAUUGUCCUUCAAACAUUGGAGGGUCCGUCCUGACAGACCUUCUAAACGAACAGCUCUACGACGAGUCGGAUUAUUCUAGCGAAGAUGGGGAAGAGUCGAAGUACUCCUCCGAUUCCUGCUACGGGCCAAACUGCCACCUGCAGCUGGUCCUGUUGGACUACAAACAGUUCAAGGCUGCCAGGACCAUUCAGCGCCACGUGAGGGGAUUUCUUUGCCGAAGGCAACUCGACUACAGGAAUCAGGCGGCCACCACGAUUAGCAGAUGGUGGCGAGGAUACUAUGUCCGUCGGUUCUACUUCUUUCACAUUCAGCAGUUGCUGCAGAGCCGGAUCAUGCAGUUCUACCACGACAUGGCCACCAAGAUUCAAGCCCUCUUCCGCGGCUGGUUGACGCGCCAGUACUUCCAGGACUUCGAGGGCAUGAAGUCGCUGCGCAUGCAGUACGCCGAGGACAUGUUGAGUACGCUUUUCAGGAAGCUCAGCCAGAUGCGAAGGGACCACUUGCUGCCGGGGAUCUACGCGCUGCGAGAGUCUGACUUGCUCUUAAAGAUCGAGGACCUGUCUGCUACCUUUGGCUACCGAUUCCACAACGGUCGAGUCCGAGCGGCCAUUGCCAUGAAGCGGGCCUUUUUAAACGAUCGGCGAAUAGAGUUCCGAGGGGCCGCCAAUUAUUCCAUGGCGCCGUAUCCUGGACCCGGAUCAGAAAACCUUCCCAGCUUUGACUUCACCCUGCCCAAGAAGAUCGGCCCGCGACUGCAGCGAACGGUCCUAGUAUACGACAAGUCCUUGAGGGAUAAACACAUCAAGAAAGUGUACGCUAAUUAUUCAAAAAGACGUCGUAUUAGCAUGAAUGUCCUGCGUGAAAAUAUGCGCAGUCUUUUUUGCAAGGAUUUUAUUAAGCGAAUUAUGGCGAAUAAGAAAAUGGACCGGAAACGAUUUGACCUCAAAAUGAUUCAGUUGUUCCUUGACGAUCUUCUAAAGGCCUCCGAAGAUUAUAAUUGUUUUUGCAAGCCCAUGAUGGGAAUGGAUAGUUUGUGUGAAUAGGUUUUCUCAGCACUGUAAGUCCAUGAAAGUCGAUGGUGAAACAGUGCUGAGAAAACCUAUUUCUAUAUUCGAUUCCUUAAACAUUUCGUGAAUUACAAAAUUUAGAUUUGUCCAAGCGAAACUCAGUUUUUAAAAAACAUUUGUGUUGCUUUAGUGCAAUAAAAAAAUAUUA